CAGGGACCCGGAUGUUCAGGCCACGCCCCCUCCCUCCGGGUGCGGCCUUGAACCGGCCAUGGAGGGAGAGAGGGGAGGGGGGAGAGAGGUCUCUAUGGUCUAUGUGGUCACUGGGGGCUGUGGGUUCCUGGGGUCACAUCUGGUUCAGCUGCUGCUGGAGGCGGAGCCUGACCUGGGGGAGCUCAGGGUGUUUGACCUCCGACCUGACCCCGACCUCAUCCCGCCCGCCCACGCCUCCCGCGUGCGCCUGCUCCAUGGGGACGUGACUGAUGCUGUCGCUAUGGGGCAGGCCCUAGAUGGGGCCCACGUGGUCCUGCACUGUGCUGCCCUAGUGGAUGUGUGGGGCAGGGUCAGCCCCGAGGCCAUAGCCAGGGUCAAUGUGCAGGGUACUCGCACUGUCAUUGCUGCCUGUCGGGCUCAGGGUGUUCGAUGCCUCAUCUACACCAGCAGCAUGGAGGUUGUGGGGCCCAACACGCGCGGGGACCCGUUCCUCAGGGGGCACGAGGACUCUCCCUACCCCACGCGCCACACGGAGCCUUAUUCCCGCAGCAAGGCCCAGGCCGAGCGCCUGGUGCUGGAGGCCAAUGGGAGCCGAGUGAGGGGGGGCGGUCAGCUGGUGACAGUCGCUCUCCGCCCCACUGGGAUCUAUGGGGAGCGUCACCCCCUGCUGGAGCGGCUGUACCUGAGGGGCUGUUCUGCUGGGGGACGACUGUUCUGCUUCCUACCGGAGAGAGCUGAGCAUGGGAGGGUGUAUGUGGGUAACGUAGCCUGGAUGCACAUCCUGGCCGCCCGCGCCGCCCUGAGCUCCCCCUGCCCCAUAUCCGGCCAGGUCUUCUUCUGCUACGACUCGUCCCCCCCAUUGCCCUAUGAGGAGCUCAGUGCGGUUGUACUGGGGCUCCGGUACCACCGUGGGGCGCUGGUACCACCGGUGGGGCUGCUGCGGCUGUUGGCGGCGCUGAGCGCGCUGUUGGCGCGGGUGCUGCCCCAUAGGGCCCCAUUGCUCACACCGGCCACGUUGGCUAUGGGGUCUACACCGUUCACUGUGCGCACGGAUAAGGCCAAUAGGGUGUUUGGGUACAAGCCAUUGUACACAUGGGAGGAGGCCAAGGAGAGGACCAGGGAGUGGGCAAAGGGGCUGAAGGGGUCCUAGCAGUGCUCAAGCUCCGCCCCUCGCCUCUGAUUGGCUGCAGCUGGGACCAGGCCCCGCCCCUCAACCCACGUGGGCCCCACCCAGACCCAGCGCCAUGUUUUGGGCCCCGCCCUCUUAAUUUGCAUCUCGUUAUCCCCUGAAAGGACCUGCCCAAUGAGGCCACCAAGAUGGCCGCCAAGAUGGCCGCCAGGCACCGCUCAGCCAAUCAGAGGAGCACAGCCUCAAGGCCUGACCAAUGGGAGCCUGCAGGGGGCGGCCAUCUUGGAAGGGGAGGGGCUCCAGGAGGAGCGACCAAUGAGGCUGCAGAGCUGUGACGUCAUCGGGGGCGGGGCCUGGGCUGUGGGCACCCUCAUUGGCUGGGCAGCUCCCGGCGGCCAUCUUGGAUUCCCCAUUGGGGGCAGCCAUAUUGGUGUGGCUGGCGGCGGCCAUCUUGCCUCCCCUCCUCUUCCAGCCAAUGGCAGGGCUCCGUUCUUUGGGGGCCAUUUUAGCCCCGCCCCCCCCCUCCCCCAAUCAAUGACCUCGGGGCCCAUUUUAUUAAAUACAUUAACCCAAAUUGCCUGAAAACCACCGAAAUCAGCCCAAAAUGGGCCCCAAACCGGAAGGGGCGGAUCCUCAACAGGAAGUGUCCGCCAUUGCUGCGUCCCCAUUGGCUGACGGCGCCCGCCCUAUGGGGCCAAUGGGAACGGUGCCCACGUGACGGGGGGCGGAGCCACGGCGGCACCGGAACCACGUGACCAGCGCCAUAACUGCCAAGAUGGCGGCCGCCACGGGCAGGACAUGGGGGGCGCCAUUGUGGCCGCUGGGGUCAAAGGGCAGCCAAUGGGAGGCCUCGAUGUUGGGUGUUGGCCAAUGGGGUUGCUUGGGGGUCAGUGGUAGCCAAUGAGGAUGCAUAUUGACCCAUAGUGCACCCAUAGCACCCAUGACUGCCCCAUAGCACCUAUAU